AUGCAGCAGAGCAGAUGGUCCCACUUCAGCGUCAACCGGACUCACCAUCUUCUUUCUUUUGCCACCAAGAUGUCGACGCUGGGGGACUGGUGUGCUGGAGUUUCCAUGUUGGACUUAUGCCUUCCAAACUGCUCCUGGGUUGAAAGCAUCAGUUUGGAUCUUUUUCCUUGGGACGCUGGUCUUGAUGAGGAGGAUGUUAGCAGAGGUUCCAACAACAAGAACAACAACAAUUUCGCCGACAACUUGUUCAGGAAAAAGGACAGGAUGAGUUACACGGCAACAAAGGUCUCUAUUCCAAACCCUGUUGCUCUUCUCAAAAUUAAAAGAAUUCAACAACGGGAUAAAACCUCAGUUGGAAAUACUUCCAACAACGCAACCAGCAUCAACAAUAACAACAUCAACAACAUUAACAACAACAGCAACACCAACAACAACAUUUCAAACGUCAACAACAACAACAGCAGCGUGUGCUAUAAUGUGCUAACUGACGAAACUGCAGAUGAAGAGAUAGCAACUAGUAAGAAUUUGUUGUAG